AUGGAUAAGGCGGGCUCGCUGCACACCUCGGUGCCCGCGCCGCCGCCCCGGCUCUACCUGCCGCGCAACUUCAGCUGCAGCGCUUGCCUCUAUGGCAGCCUGGCCGAGCAGUGCAAGGGGGGCUGCAGCCCCGACGGCGACGCCGCGCCCCCGCCCGUGACCAGGAAGCCGCCGGCCCUGGGCGACCUGGAGCCGGUGCUGUUCGGGCCGCCGCCGCCGCUGCUGGAGCCGCUCUUCCCGCCGCAGCCCGGCGCCAGCCCCGGCUUCGCGGAGCGGGUGCGGCGGCACAAGGUGAGGCUGGAGUGGGUGCGGGCCGAGCCGGCGGGGCUGCGCGGCGCCGUGCGCGUCCUCAACCUGGCCUACGAGAAGGCCGUGUCGGUGCGCUACACGCUCAACGCCUGGGCCAGCUGCGCCGAGGUGCCCGCCGCCUACCAGCCGGCCGGGCCGGCGGACGGCCUCACCGACCGCUUCGCCUUCCUCCUGCCCCUGGGCGCCGCCGCCGCCGAGGCCGCCCUGGAGUUCGCCGUCCGCUACCGCGUCGCCGGCGCCGAGUACUGGGACAACAACGAGGGCAAGAACUACCGGCUGCACCAGCAGGGUCAGGGCUCUGGAAGCGCGGAGGGCAGUGUCAUAGGGCAUCCAGCCAGCCAUCCUGUUUGCCUAAUCCUGCUUAAGCAAAGCCCGGCUCCGGCGAGGUGCUGGAUCUGUGCUUAGAGCCUCGCUGACCCACUCGUGGUCAUUGCCCUGCGGGGUUAAGGGCCCGACAGGGCAGGGUUAAGGGACAGACUGCGGUUUUGAACCCAAAAAGGCAAGAGUACGGAUGCCCCCGGGAGUAGCUGUGUUUCAUCGCGCUGUAAAAGCGACCGAUCGGUUUAAAGCAAAGAUACACAUAUUUUUUUAAAUUUUGAACCCUCUUUCAUGUGUUUAAGCAUAUUCAGAGAAGAAAAAUAACACCACACACCAACUGAAAUGCAACCCACUGAGAGAUUUUAAAAAGCAAGUGUUUCGUUUUCAGGUUCACGUGGCACGUUGCAAAGGUUUGUCAGGAUCUGAUGUUUGCUUCAGUAGGAUUGGUCCCAUAAAGCUGCUUGUGUUCAGGUCAGCAGGAAAGUCGCGGAACUGCACCCAAGGAACUAGAGAUGGCAGGAGUUGAAUCCCUAAUUUUAGUCUGCAUCCCAAGCAACACUUUCAGUUGUAUUCCUGUUAACAGUUUAACUGAACUUCUUAUGCUGAGCUGUCGGUGCGGGAGCCUGCUUUCUGAAAAACAAAAUGCUCCAAAUUUUUCAUAAUUUCAGCAAGUGACAGAUUUCACAAAACUGGCUAAAUUUAGUCAGACAAAUUGAAGAAAGUCAUAUCUUGCCAUAUAAAAAUAUAUCAAUAAAAAUUACAGAGCAUGCUGACUUCUGCCUUCAAAGAUAGGUUUUAAAUUAUAUUAGUGGUAAACAUAGUAUUUUCCUUUUAAAACUUGCUUUUUCAGGAGUUCAGCUGAAUGCAAGUUGUGCUGGUGCCAAAUCUGGGUGCUAAUUUUCCAGGAUUUAGGCGUGUAUGUGUUUGCAGGAGAGGGACCUCUAGAAACGUGACUUCUGAGAGUGGUAAAACCGAUGUCAGUGUGAUCUUCCGAUUAUGAAGGGCUGUAAGAUCAGGCCUUUAAUGUUUUGGAUCUUCUGUAGAUUGUUUAGGAACGAAAUGUGAUUUUUGACUGUGUUUUUGUGUCCCAAAUGGC